AUGGCGCUACCGGCGGUAACUCCCUUUGAAGUGUUGGCUAAUGUCGGCGCCUGCUGGAAAAGAUGGCUAAAUAGUUUUGAACUCUAUUUGGUUGCAUCGGGAAUCCGCAACGAUGCAUGGAAAAGGGCUUUGUUACAACAUUUACCAAGAGCUAAAGUCCAAGACAUCUUCUUCACUAUGGAUGACACAACCGACGGUGGCUAUGUGCAGUAA